AUGAUCGAUAACAAGAAUGCAUUUGGAAACUGGACUGAUAUUUUGUAUUUUGGGACUUUGUCUCCAAGUUCAAGGAUUCCAAGGUAUACUAAGAAAUCAAAUGAGAGCCUCGAGGCAAAUAGACAAUAUGGCACCUUCGAAGAAUCUCGCUAUGACCAAAGGAAGCCAGAACCUUCCAUUAAAGAAAACUAUGUCAAAUCCAAGUACAUGGAAGAUGUCUUCAGUUUUGACAAUACAAGAAGAACAGCAAAGGUGUCCAGAGUAUCAACCAUCAGAAGGAUAUUUGAUGUGGCAAAGCACCGGUCAAAAAGAUCCAUAACCUUCCCAACAGGGAUUAAGGUCUGUCCACAAGAGUCAAUGAAACAGAUCUUGGCCAAUCUCCAAGCUUAUUACAGACUAAGAGUCUGUCAAGAAGCUGUGUGGGAAGCCUAUCGAAUCUUCCUGGACCGUAUCCCUGACACGAGUGAGUACCAGAAUUGGGUCAGUGCCUGCCAAAAGGACACUUACUGCAUUUUUGACAUUGGAGAAACCUUCAUCAAUUCUCAGGAGCUCCAAGAACUUCUACAGCAGCGAUUAAAGCAUCAUCGUUUCCCUGAGAGAAAAGAUGAAAUUCUCACAGAGAAGACAGUAGAAAGUGAAAAGUCUGAUGAAAUCCCUAUGCUUCCUACAGUCUCAGCAGGUGCUGCUAGCUUCUCUCCACUUCCCUUCACAUCCACUCCUAAUGGCUCACUUCUCAACAAACUUUUCAAUGACACAAAGACUCCUGUGAAGGACAUAGAAACUGAAAUCACUAAUGUCAUAUCAGAAGAACCAGAGGAAGAGAUGUUAGAAUUUAGUGUCAACCUAGCAAAUCAGAAGUUUAAGGCAGAACUGAAUGACCCAAAGUCCCCACAUUACCAGGAAUUAGCAGCAAAAUUUCAGCACCAGAUGCAAAAAAUAUUUAAGACACUUCCAGGAUUCCAAGAAAUCCAUGUAUUGGGAUUUAGACCGAAGAAGGAAAGAGAUGGCUCAAGCAGCACAGUUGCUCGACAGCUGGUGAUCUUUAAGAGAGACAGCUCAGAAAGAGGAAGACCCAGCGGCAACCUGUCAACCAUUCACCCUAAUGAAAUUGAAAACGAAAGCAAGAAGCCUCAGAGCCCGGAGGAGGAGGAACUUCAAGAAAGCAACCUCACUUUAGGACUGCAGCAACUAAUUACCACAGCAUUAGAGGAAGACAAGUCUCUGGAAUUGGGGACAAUUCAGUUUACUGAUGAGAGUGAAAAGCCUCCAGAGAGCUUGGAACAUGACAUCCAAUCAGUAGUGACUGCUACCCUUGCUGAACAUUCAUUGGAUGCUACCUUGAAUCUUGGGUUUACACUUGGUCAUCCCAAAUCUGAGACAGAAGAAAGAUCAGAGCAAUAUUCAUCAAGUGAAUUUUCUACUGCAGUUGAUGAUGCUCUUAUGGGAUCUGAGAAGUUAACUCCACCGACCCUUCUGACUUACGAGCAAUCAGUGGUUUCUGAAGCACCUGAAUCUGGAAAGGAAACUAUAGGCGAGGAUGUUUUGACUGAUCACCAUUCUGAAGGAGUUCCCAGUCCUGUAGAGAGUACUAAAGGUCCUUUCUUGAUAGACCAAGAAAUAGAAGAGCCAACAAUUGGCAUCACAGAACUACCUCUUCUAGGAUUCAGUACUGAAGGUUUAUCUGGACAAGGGGAACUUCCAGAUAUAAUGGAAUCAUCAGGUGAUGCUUCUGCAGAAACCAUAGACAAUCUUUGGUCUCCUUUUGGCUCAGCAUCUCCCACCCAAAUGGAAUUUUUGCCAUUUUUCACUGGUUGGAGUGACUUCUCUCAACCUGAACAAGCAGGCAUAUUUCCCAUUGAUCAAACAACCCUGCUUCCAGUGGUAGCCAGUCCCAUCUAUGGCCAAUCUAUUUCCAAAACCACAAUUUCCUCAGGGACUUCAGGAAGCAGCAUACACAUUUUGGGUACCCAGGACAGUGCUCGAGAGCUUGACAGAAUGGAUGAGGUGACGGAGAGUACUGGCUAUGCUUUCACCCCAGAAACCAGCUCAGCAGAUACCACCUUAACCACAACUGUGAAAUACAUCACCACUAGCUCUAUGACCACAGCCACCAAAGGGAAAGAAUUGGUGGUGUUCUUCAGCCUGAGAGUCACAAAUGUGCCCUUUUCUAAUGACCUCUUCAACAGGAGUUCUCAGGAAUACCAGGACCUGGAGCAACAAUUCAUACAGUUGCUGCUUCCCUAUCUGCGCUCCAAUCUUACAGGAUUUAAGCACCUUGAGAUCCUCAACUUCAGAAAUGGGAGCGUGAUUGUGAAUAGUAAGAUGAAGUUUGCAAAGUCAGUCCCUUACAACAUCACAGAAGCAGUGCACUGCGUUCUUGAGGAGUUCUGUUCCACUGCAGCUCAGCAGCUCAAUAUGCACAUAGACAGUUAUUCUCUCGACAUUGAGCCAGCUGAUCAAGCGGACCCGUGCAAAUUCAUGGCCUGUGAUGAAUUUUCACAGUGUAUAAAGAAUGAACAGACAAAAGAGGCCGACUGCCUUUGUAAGCCAGGCUAUGUCAGCCAAGAUGGACUGCCCUGUCAAAGCCUAUGUGACAUGGAUCCAGGCCUUUGUGUGAACGGAGGAAAAUGUGAACUGGUUCCAGGAAAGGGAGCAGUUUGUAGGUCACCAGAUCAUUCUUUGAAACCAGAACUGACCAGUUAAGAUCAGGAAUGCUGAAUUUCAAGCAACAGCAAGGGAACAAGGUAUUCAGAGAACCGAAUUUUACAUUACCAACCUUAGGAUAGAAGAUUCAACCAUCUGAUCUACAGAUGAAAGAGCUUGUACAUUUCAAUAUUUUUCAACACCCAG